AUGACAGCCGAUAUUCCAGGAGUGGGUCGUGUUUCACUGCGGGACCACGCAGGUCAAAAGCAGUUCCACAAAACCCACGGCCUCUUCUUCUCUCCAUCCAACUCGUUCUUCAUUUUGCUAGUGAGUCUAGUAAGAGGAAAGGAGCGACAACGGUGCAGUGAUGAGGAUUUGCGAGAUGAGCUUCAGUACUGGCUCUCAUUUCUCAGAUCCAGUUUGGAUGGAGAGUUUAUACCCACAGUGUUGAUAAUGGCCAGUCGAGGAGAUUAUUAUCGUGAUGGUCAGUGUGUGUUACAGCACGUGGUCGACUACAUUCGUGAGCUGUUCAAAGGCAAGAUCUACAUCAUUCAAGAGUGUUUGGCUAUCGACUGUAGGAAGUGUUCGUCUUCUGAAAUGAGAAAACUGAAGAGAGUGUUGCGUGGUGUGAAGCAGCAGAUACAGCAAUCUGCUCCUCUGUAUCCUCGUCUUUGUCAGCCAGUUGUGUCUAAGUUGCUUCCUUCUCUUCGUAAGAAACAAGAAGAUCCAUUCAUGGAGACGACAACACUCAUGGAGAAGAUUGAGCAGGAAGCAUGUCAAGGCCAAGAGAAGGAGGUUGUAAAGAAAGUAGUUGGUUUUCUGGAUCAUUCAGGAGAGAUUGCUGUUGUUGGUGAUGUGGCUGCUCUCAAUCCUGCUUGUCUACAUCAAUAUGCCAUCGGUCCUAUUGUUGCUUCUAAGAAUUUCAAGUGGCAUGUCAAGUCAGAGAGAAAUGAUGGCACAGUCACAAAAGAAGAAGCGAAAACGUCAAUCGAUCAUUACUUGAGAGAUCACAAGAUUGCUGUUCAACUCAACACAGAUAAAGUUCUCGCUAUCAACAAAUCUCUUGGUAUCUGCUUCAAAGUGGAAGGCAGAGACGACACGUACAUGUUUCCAGCUCUCUUGCCUCCUAAGGAUCUGUCUGUCACGUGGAAGAAAGAUGAGAGUAAGAAAGUGUAUGUCGGUCGACGUCAAGUGUGCAGAAGUCAGACGACCAUCUUCAGUCCAUCUACAUUCUGCAUGUUCCAAUCUAAAGUUUGCAUUACUUUGGAUCAAAAGGCAAGGCUAUGGAGGGAUGGACUGAUCUUAUCACAAUGCAGUACAGUUCAUAAUCUCAUUGAGUGUUUGGUGGCCAUGAUAGAUCCUGUUCGUUCUGUUGACUUUGUGUGUCGUGGAGGCAAACAAACAGAAGCAGAAUGUGUUUCAGUGCUUGACACUGUCAUGUCUCUUUGGAGAGAUAUGUUAGACAGCUACAGUCCAGGCACUGAAUAUCAGACUGAAUAUCUGAGCAGAAAGCAUUUGGAGGAACACAAAGAACUGAAACAAGUCAUUACCUACUCUCAGAAGGAGAUCGACGAAGCAAAAGCAAAGGAAGAAGGAGCACAUGCUGCUGUCAAACAAGUAGUUGGUGAUGAGCUGAUGGUAGAAAGUCUUGGUGACCUGCUGGUUGUUCAACCCAUCAGUCAAUCAGCUCCAGUUUCAUCCAGUGCAGUUUCUAAUGCUGUUAUUGGGUGUGGUUCAUGUCAAUGGUAUUCAUUUGGACUAAAACUAGACUUUAAUUAUGAUCAGAUUGAAGCUUUGUGUCAUGACAAAGUGACUCCUGCUGAUAAAUUGUCUGCAAUCAUCCAAGUGAAGACCAAACAAGUUGGUGAUGUGAAGAAGAUGGAUGAUCUGCUGUUGGAGGCGUGUAGACAUUUACCAGAUCCAAUUGAUGGUGCAGUGAAGGAGAAGCUUGGAAUUUAUCAUUAGUCGCGUGACUGUAGAAACUAGCUAAGCUUGAUAUAUCUAUAGACAGAAUUUAUUGACAAAAUUACUGUUUUUCAGUGUCACACAUUCUGUUUAGAAUAGCAGCAUAUUUGGGCAUGUAGUACCUAGUGAUGAUGGACCUAGCUAACGCACGUGUACUUAAUUAAUUAAGGAUUAUUGGCAUAAUUGCUGCAAACCAUUUGUAUUGCUUACAGAACAAAUUAAAUUUAU